GCAACCAUCGCCGGCACUGAUUCGCACGAAAUUGUUAAGUCAUCUUGAUCAGUGAGUGCACAGUGCGCGGGUAACCCUGAGUACCGAUUGCAUUAUACUCAAACUACGAUCGGUCGGCCCUGGUCGGUUCGAAAACGUGACGCGAGAAUUCACUUUGUCAGGGAAUUGACAGAAAUAGUGGAAAAUUUUAGUCGCACGCCAUAUGGUGGACACACGCUUCUAUAGGAGAAAAAAGGCCGCCGCAUCCAACGGAUCCAACUGGGGCCGUGCUUGGCAGUAGAAAAGCCUGGACACCGCUUGCGCUCAGCGGCAGUGUGUUAGAACUGGUAACUGGAGAACCCCUGUUGUGAACGAUUCGGCCGCCUGGAAAGAUGCCUUGGGAGCGCCCCGCAACCGUGCCGUAUCCGAAUGUUUGGUGGACAUUCGAGGCCCCGGAUCCGGAUCGCGAGGAUGGCGGCCUGGUGAAGUACCGGGUGGAGGAUCUAACCGAGGAUCGCUACGAAGAUGCCGUCCAGCUGUACACGGACCACUUCGUCGACGACGAACCUCUGUGCGCCUACGCCCGUCUCCGCCACGAUCCGCGGUCGUACGAAGAAAUCGUCGGCUUCUGGAAGCACUGCUUCCAGGAGCGUUUGACCAUCGUGUGCUACAAGGAAGGUUCGAAGGAGCUAGUGGGGGCCAAUCUUCUGUCCGUUGCCGUGGCCGACAAAAAGAAAGACUUCCGCAAUGUCAUACAAUCGGAAGGAACCCUGAAACUUGUCGAAAUCAACGAGUACAUGACCUCCACGGUUAACCUCUACGAAAAAUACGGUGUCGACAAGUAUCUGACCGCGUAUGGGCUCAGCAUCAACAGUCGGUACCGUGGCCGCGGAAUCGCCACCGAACUUCUGAGGGCCCGGGUUCCAAUCUGCCGCGCCUAUGGGCUGCGGUUAACCAGUACAAAUUUCACUGCCAUUGGGUCCCAGAUACCGGCGGCGAAGGUUGGCUUCCAAACGGAUCUCGAAAUGCAGUGCAACGAAUUUGUGAAAAUCAACCCAGCGUACACUCUGGACGGCAUCAAGAGCAAAAGCUUCAAGCAGAUGAGCAUGGUGAUAGACUAGGCUCGAUGUGUCCCGGAUACAGCUCCACUUGUUUACCAUGGAAAUAG